AUGCUUCAGCAAGAUACGGAACAAUCUAUUGAGGCUCAUGCUGGGGAUUCAGAUGAACAAUCUGUCUCCUCCACGACAGCCGAUGAGAAAUCAUUGCCACCCAACGAUGACGGAAAACAGCUCCUAUAUCCAGCUGUUGGGCUAAAUUUACCAUUUAAAACACCUGAUAGGCUUAUCGAUGAUAUAGUUUAUGACUUGGCGUUUAUCAAUGACUCCGAUCUAUCAAGUGAAUUCAAAGGUAUACUAAAAUCAUCUCCACUGACAUAUUCUAAAAGGAGACAAGAGCUAAGACCUAGCUAUCACCUUGGUACCUUCAUUGAUCAAAUCACAUUGCAAACAAAAUAUGAAUAUGAAUCAAUCAGUUGUCCCGAUCAUAAUAGAAUAAACGUCUUUUUUGGUGUACUCAUCGAUUCAAAUAUGGAAAAUCCAACUUCAUUCGAUGCUGUUGCUGAAACGCCCAUCUAUCAUUUGAAAGUAACCGUAAAGACGAGAACAAAACUUGAGCAUUUGAAAAAACAUGUUGGUAUCUCUCAUUACCACUUAAUUACUGAACUGCAUCCAUUUGACAAACAGGAUCUUUUGACAUUUGAUGAAUCGGAUGAAAACCUUAUAGAUUUUGCUGCCUAUGUAUCUAGUGAUACAAAUAAGUUAAUUCUUAUUGAAAUAUUCAAACCUGAAUUUAGUAGUGAAGAGGAAAUUGAGAGUUUCAAGACAGAACAUAUAACUAGUAGGUACCAACUGGUCUGUGAGCAAUAUGACAGUUUGAACAGCGAUACUAUCCCCAGUCAAGUGGACUGUUUUCGUACGCUAUUCAGAGUCUUUAAAGGACCACUAGAUAGGAAAUCAGCUGAUUUAGACCCUAUCAAGACAAUAAAUGCUACUAACAAAGCUUUGAAUUCGCAUAUGGAUUCCAAGUGGUUAGUAUCAAAAUAUGGCUUCCAAGAAAAUAGUUUUCAAAAUCCAGAAGCUAAUGACCAAGGUUUAGAAUACGAACCCCCCGAUUUAAUUGAUCAUAAAAAUGAUUGGAAAAUUAGGAAAUUAAGAGAUUCCUACACUAGAAAAUGUCUUCAAUUGGCAUUUUGGGGUAAGUUGAGUAAUAAAUUAUUAUCAAAAGCAAACAUACAAAAAUAUGAGAAGUCAUACCGCUUUUUUAAUAAAAUGCAUACACACACAUCUACAACUGCCUUGUUCCAAAUUUUCAAUGACUCUGCAAGGAGGUUACAGCAAGAUGAUACAUCAGCUUCUCCACUUGAUAAUAAUUAUCAUUUCAUCAAUCUCAGCUCUUCGUAUUAUUACACAGAUAGAGAUAUUAUCCAAAAUUAUGAGACUUUAUGCAACAUCGAUACUAACAAUAAGGGCAUUUAUUUUGAUGCUUUAACUUACAUUGCAAAUACCAAAGGUUCUUACCAACUUAUAUCAUAUUGCGGCAAACAAGAUGUUGUGGGCCAAGAAGUUCUACAAAAUUCUCUACGGGUUUUGGGGUUGGAUGCCACUUCAGUAGACAUCAAAAGUUUAAACGAUUCACUGUUAUUUUCAAUCUACAAGCAAGAACAAAAUGCUAGUAGGGGCGACAUGCAACGUCUUACUGAGUUGAAGAGUGCUAUGAGAGUCAUGAUAAAACUCAUGAGAUCUAAAAAACUGCAAUUUUUUAUUGACCAUGAGCCUUAUCCAAAUGUCAUGGAUGCAUACAACUUGUUAGACAUUGAUGAAUCUGUGGAUGAUGAUAUAGUCCAAACUGCUUAUACCAUAAGAAUAAAUGAUUCUCCAGGACUUAAAAUGGAUUGUGAUAAAGCAUUAUACACUAUCGCAAUUCGUACCAGAAGUAUAACGCUUUUCAAUUUUCUUAUGGAGCAAUGCCCAGAUUUCAUAACGUAUUAUGGACCAGAUUGUCUAUCAUUCCAACAGGCACUUUCUCUCUUACAGGUUAAUGAAAAUGCCACAGAUGAAUUGGUUAUAAAGAUAUUUCAGCAACGGUGGGGCCAAAAAAUCCUCAAUGAGUAUGAUCAGCUAUUAAUUUUAAAAGCUGCUUUGACAAAAAUAGCUUCUGAAAAAAAUUCAAAGCUAAUAUCGUACUUUUUAGAGACAGGAGUGAUUGAUGCCAAUCUUUUACAACCGGAAAAUUGGCCUAUCGGGCUGAAUAAUAUUGGUAAUACCUGUUAUCUAAAUUCUCUUUUGCAAUAUUAUUUUUCUAUAGCACCUUUAAGAGAGUAUAUUCUGAACUAUAAAGGCUCUAUAUCUAAUUACGAAAUUGAUGAAACAAGUAAUAAGAGAAGAAUAGGUGGUAGAGAGGUGAGUGAGAACGAAGUUGAGAGAUCAAUACAGUUCAUGUAUCAACUUCGCGAUCUGUUUAACGAUAUGAUUUACAGUAAAUCUAGAUGCAUCACUCCAAAGCACGAACUUGCAUACCUGGCAUUUGCGCCAAGUAAUAUUGAGGUUGAAUUUGCAGCUUCGGAAGUGGAGCGAACUACUGUUGAUUUACCGUUUGACAAAGAAGGUGAUAUCGACUUGGUGGAUUUAAGUAACGACAAUUUAAAUACAACGAAUAACGCUCAGGAAGUUACCAGUGAUAUCAGUGUAGCCACUGAAGAUAAAGUUAUGACUAACACAUCCACAAAGACUGCUAAGAUUAGUUCUGAUCAACUUGAAAAUGCCUUAGAAAUGGGAAGACAACAGGAUGUUACGGAAUGUAUUGGAAAUGUCUUAUAUCAAAUGGAAAGUGCUUCCAAACCAAUUAAACUGGAUGAGGAUUUUGAGCAAUAUGAUUUAAUCAAAGAGUUAUUCUAUGGAAAGACAAAACAAGAAAUUGUUCCUUUAUCUGACAUUUCAAAGACAAGAACUAAGUAUGAGGGAUUUUCAUCUCUCCUUGUAAAUAUUAGUGAUCACCCACGAGACAUAUAUGAUGCAUUAGAAUCAUCUUUUGCAAGUGAAUUUUUGAAAAUGGACGAAUAUGGUGAUGUUCAAAGAACUGUUUCAAUUACAAACUUUCCAAAAAUAUUGCAAAUUCAAAUACAGAGAGUCUAUUACGACAGAGAAAGAUUCAUGCCAUUCAAAUCAAUAGAACCAUUACCCUUCAGCAAUACAAUUUAUAUGGAUAGAUAUGCUGCGCUUGACAAUGAAUUGCUACAAACGAAAAAAAAUGAAACCAAAGAAUUGAGAAAUAAGUUGAAAACCUUAAAAGCUAGACAGGUGGAAUUAUUGAAUAGGAAUGAAUUAGGACUAUCUAGAAAGGAAUCUUAUUUGGAAACUAUCAAUUUCUUAUCAGAUGAAGCCACUGUUACAUCACAGGGUCUAAGCGUACUAAAUAGGGGGCAGAUAAUUGAAAAAUUGAGAAAAGCCAUUAGUAACAUCGACAGCGAAUUGUCACAAAUCUAUGAUGAGAUAAAUCUAAUUGAAAAUAAAAUAGAUCACCAAUUUGAUGAAUUUAGAGACAUUGGCUAUUCGUUAUUUGCCGUUUUCAUACAUAGGGGGGAGGCAAGCUAUGGUCAUUACUGGGUGUACAUUAAAGAUCCUGAAAGAAGCGGAAUCUGGAGAAAAUAUAACGAUGAGACAGUUACAGAAGUCAAUGAAGAAGAAGUAUUCAAUUUUACCGAGGGUAAUACGGCGACACCAUAUUUUUUGGUGUUUGUUAAAGAUUACUACAAGGGAGACAUCGAGCCUCUAAAACGUAUAAUUGCCGAUGAUUAA